AUGGUGAAUUCGCUCAGUGUUCGAAGAUGUAUUGAAAGUGGAAAAAGGUCAACGAAGGACUACCUGAGUUUUACUUCAAACGAACAAGGCGAUGCUCGAUCACAAGACGACAUUGUGCGUGAUCUCUAUUCAGCAUUAGCCCAAUUCUUUCGAAUCUAUACCGACUAUGCUCUGAAUCCAUUUUAUGUGACUGGUCAAAGUUACGCUGGCAAAUAUGUACCCUCGAUUGCAUACAAGAUUCAUGUUGAAAAUCAAAAUCCCGACGUUCAAACACUAAUCAGUCUUAAAGACGCAUUCUACAUAUCUGAUGCUCUGAUUGAUGGCGAUUUAAUUAAUAUAACAACCUAUUUUGCACAAGUAACCGGUCUGAAAUCUUCUUCGAACAUAUUAUUAACUAGCGAUCCAUCGGGCAUCUUCGAUUUCGUUCCAUUUAUCACACAGGCAUAUCGACGAAAACAAAUACAUGUCGGCAAUAGGACAUUUAAUGGUCGGGUACCCAGUGAUCAACCACGUGCUAUGCUCGAUUUACUUCAACGUUUUCUUCUCCACCUUACUUUUAACAAUUGA